CAGGGUCAAUGUAGGCACAGACACAGGCACAGAAACCAGGGCAUGGCACUGGAUGAGACACCAAUGAAAAAAAAAAGACAGGAAUGAGGAGGACAAAUUAGUGAGCCAAUGAGAGAGAGAGAGAGAGAGAGAGAGAGAGAGAGAGAGAGAGAGAGAGAGAGAGAGAGAGAGAGAGACACAGUGGACGACUUAACAACAGUGACAGUAUUUGAGAGACACAUGAGAGCUAAAGAGAAAAUUGCAUCAGGUAGAAAUAGAGAUCGAGAUCGAUCAGGGAAAGGCAGAAAGAGAGAGAGAGGGAGGAAGGAAGGGAGGUAGAGAGAGAGAGAGAGAAAGAGAGAGAGGAUCACCGGGCUCCGUGAGCUUGCGAGGAUCAGCAGCGACAGAAUGAGACGGAGAGAGAUAGAAAGCGGUAAAGAGUCGGAGGAGAGCGCAACUGAGGACUAAAGGACUACCAGGCACAAGAGACACACUAAGGGAGAGGAGAAGCAUGCGGACCACAGAGGAGGAUAAGGAAAGAAGAAACCAACAAUGUCCAGAGAUGUCGUCUCCAGGCAGCUGGUCACAAACUGAGAAAAGCUUAAACAGCGGUGCCCGACUGGAAGUAGAUAAACAAGUCAGGAGGUCAUUAAUGGAGGAGCGUUGACAGUUUAUAGCCUUAUUGGACAUUGAAUUCCUGUCUGCUGCCUCCACAGACAAACUCUUUAACGCUGCUCCUCAAACACACAAGCUCAUUUGGGUAAACAAAAACUGGAAACAUUCUGGCUUUCUUUUGGAUAUAGUCUUGCUAACACUGGCUGAUGUCACCGCUUGCCUCCAUUCCCUUCAGCUCCUCAGGGGGCUGAGCCGACCUGCAGAGGAGCAUGGGCAGGAGGGUGGCUGACCCAACCAAUCCGGUGCCUGCACUGGGAGUUCCCCUGGCGGGGGGGCGAUGGGGCCCGCUGUGCAGUGUCGGGGUGCAGACAUCUCCCAGGCUGCGGACUCUCCCCUCCAUCAAACGACACAGCAGUCAACCAACCAACACGCAUCGGCCGCUCACCAUGGCAACAGACAAAACAACGGCAGCGGAGACAGAGGGAGUUAUCAGAAGUGACAGCAAUAGUCUGCCGGUGUCCAAGGAGACAUCUCAGAACGAGAUCAACAGCCUGACACAGGACGACAUGGGGUCACAGGGGUCAGGCAGUGGAGUUUACUGCCAGAUCAAAACCAUACGUACGAACCCCAAGGACACAAGAGGCAAAAGGACAGCCCGGUAUACAAAUGGCAGUGUGGUAGCUUCGGAUGUGGUGGGAGGGGUUUGCACCGAGGCCACAGAGGGGAAGGAGCCAGACCAGGUUCCAGUGGAAGAGAGAAGACGGGUGCAGUCUCUACGGGGUGAGGCACAUCGCUCAGUGUUAAAGACAGGGAGUGUUUGUACGACUGUACACGCCACCCCACCUCGGCCAUGUCGGAUAAUGGCGACUUCCCCGCCUCGCCUUUGUGGAACUUGUGGCAGGAGGCGAUCACAGAUUACACCGUGCACAGGUGCAUGUCGCAGGAGGGCAGUCAAUCAAAUAACAGCCAGCCAGACUUUACCUAAUCCUCCACGGAAACCGUCUGUAGCGACCAACCCAUCCAGAAAAGGCUCGGCAGCCCUGAACUCUCACAGCAAAAACACAGACGUGGGCAACACACAGCAACACACAUCAGUAAAAGCCUCUCAAAUACCACAGUUGUCGCACACGAUACCGAAAACACACAGCUCACAUUCAAACCACACAGCACACGCUCAGAACAAAGCAAAAGACUCAAAGCAGCCGACAAGGCCACAUUCUGCAGACUUUACUCAUUACAAAGACUCAGCCACACAAACAACAGACACGCACAUGCACAACAGCUCAGAUAGGACCACAUGUAGCACACACACGCAACAAACUCACACAGCAACUGCGGAGGUGACAGAACCACAUUCAACUGACAAACACAAGCUGGCUCAAACCCAGCAUGCUGAUGAACCUGCACACUCAUCAGGCAACAUCAACUCAAAGUCUCCAACUCCUUCCUUUCACAAUGACUUAAAAUUUAGCAACACGCCUCCUCUUCCACCCAAAAAUUCCCCUAAAUCCACUCAUUCCAAACCAGCCACACCUGUAGCGCAAACCAAAAACCAGGAGCCCACAAAUACGCCCAAACAAUCCUCAGAGCGGAUCAAACUCAAGGACUACCCCAAACAGAAGAGCAAAUCAUUCGACGACCACGCCCUGCCUUGUAAGACUCAUAUGAAAGCACAAUGUAACGGGGCUCCGGGAGGCCUGCUGGACGGACACGCAGUGAAUGCACCACGGGGGCUGGAGAGGCAGCUGCAGAGCGUGGAGGAGAACCUACUGUCUAAUCAGGAGAAGAUCAAGGUGCUUCUCAACGUGAUUCAAGACCUGGAGAAGAGCAAGGCUUUCAGCGAAGGCGUGGAGCAUGAUUUUCGGCAGCAGGAGGGACGCUUCCAGGGGGUUAUGGAGGCCCUUGAGGGGGAAUAUGAUGUGCCUGCGCCGACUCUGACCAAGCCCACGCCAGCCCCUUCGUCCUCCACCCGUCCCAGCACCAAGGCACGUGUCAAGAAACUGCGCAAGAAGUGUUUCUGGUGGCUCUAAGCUUCGCAAAAGCCUCUCUGGGCGGCAAGUGCAUACAGGUGUGGAUUAAAUUUCAAGGGACCCAAUGUUUUCGAGAGUAAAGCAUCUCUCUUUACUGGGUGUGCAGCAUGCUUAGUGUUACUAAAUUCAGAAGGAGAAUUUUUCCAAGCAGCAUCCCAGUAUGUGGCACAUUUUCCACCGCAACUCAUCCUGAGCUCUGUUAAAACACACUGGUGAGCAGGUAGAAAGAAGGAGACGCACUGAAGAAGGAAAUGAAGACCAAAGGAAUUGCUGAAUUUUCUUUCAGAUCCACCAGAGAGGGAAUCUGAGAAAGAUCUUCCCUUUUCUUUCUCUGUGGAAGCCAGUUUUUGGCGACAAAUUUGCGAUGAACUUUUGACAGAAAGUGACAUUGCGUUUCCAGAACAAAUCUGUAAGAAACAGAUGAAGCUUGGACUCUUUGGAUAUCAGUCUGGUGUACUGUCCACUUGGCCGAGUUGCUGUCUGGACAGAUGGACAGGUGCGCGAGCUAUGAAUGAAUCUGCACAGCAAUUCUGGCCACAUUACAGCAAUAAGCAGGGGAACCUUGAUCGAAUCUUCCUUGAAAAUGCGAGGAAUUUAACAAAUCAUUGGAAUACUGUGUCUCUGGAUGGCUUAACAGCUGAAAUUUGAAUGUAGCAACAGCUGGAGCACAAGAGGGAUAUCGGUGGAAAAACCGAGUCGAUGAGCUCUCUGGAAACACUGAGCUCACUGGAUCAUCGGGAUUUUGGAGAGCAAAGUGGAGACAGUAGUUAGAAUAUAUUAAGAGACAACGUGAUAGGCAGCUGAUGAAAGACUGACAGUCUGUGUCAGGUAAUUAAAAAUUCUGUCAAUGCUGACUGACAGAGCGAUUGAUUCUUUCCUUUAUUAUCGUCCAAAAAGGAAAUGUUUUGCUGUGAGCUCGGUCUUGUUUCAAGGAUUUUCACACAAGCGUGCAAACAAACACAUGCACAAAAAGGCAUACACUGGCAGGCACUGCUCUACACAUACAGUGAACACAAGCAAGCACCACAACCCACAUGCCUACUGUACACAUUCAGUACAUUUGUGAACCAGUGCAAACUAGGGGUAGACCAGUUAUAAGUUCACAGUUAAUGAUUGGCCUGUAUUAAUGUUGUAUGAAUGUAUUAAUAUCUGUAAAAUCCGAGUCAUUAAGGCGCCAACAACUUCUGUAUGAAUACCAGUGAAAGUAGCUUUUAAUGUCUGGAGUUUUUCCUGAUUUAACCAUUGCACUCACUGUGCAGAAGAAAUCUCUGUUGACACACUACAAUGUGAAGAGCUUCAAAGUGAGACCACACAUAAAGAGAAAAAAGUCCAGUCGUCUUUGAUAUUACCGAUAACAAACCAGACGCAGUCACUUCCACAUCCUAUUAGCUUGCUCUGCAGCAUUCUGACCAUUCCGCCGCUGCUAAUUGGAGCAUUGAGCGACAACUUGAAUAUCUGCACUAAAAACAUACACUACAGGUCGACACACCUUGUCAAAAUGUAGAGAAGUCAACGUGUUUCAUAGCUCAAGGUUCAUUAUCCCAUGUAAAAUCGAAAUUUCAACCAAUACACCUCAUCCUUGUAAAAUAAUAUAAUUAGUCAAGAAAAAUAGCAUUUUAUAACAAACUACAUUCUGACAGACCUGGCUGUUAGAAAUUAUAACUCAAAUCUGUAAGAUAAAAAAUUGUACUAUGGGUCUAUCCCUUUUGCACAUCCAGACCAUUAUUUUUGCACACACAGGCACAGCAUUUGCAUAAUGCUUCAUUCAUGGCAGUUCAGAGUGUAAACACUAAUCUCACGAGGGCUCACUUCAGCUGCUUCUGGCUCACAAGUCGCCACCAAUUAGAAUACUGGAUGGCACCACACUUACUAAUUAACCAAUCUAUAUCCAGAGAAGCCCCGUCCCUGUAUUUUUAUAUGCUAUCCCUUAACAGUGUGUGAGCCCCCACGACGCCCCUCUCUUCCUGAUCUUCCUCUUGUAUGUGCAAUAAAAAUGUGUAUUUUAAACAAAAAAA